UGAAAAUUUGAAAAAAAGAAAAAAAAAAAAAAGGGGGGGGGGGGGGUGUGAAUAGUAGCAGGCUGCCACCGGUGAUUAAAGCCUUAUCCAUUUUGUCUCAGCUAGGGUUUCUGCAGCCGGAGAAAGAAGGAUGAUAUAUUUUCUGCAUUGCAAUUCGUGAAAAUUGGGCGGGGAAACAAGAUUUUACAAGAGCUUAUGAUGACGAUCAUCCAUAUCACGUAGAUUCACUACCGUUUUUAGGUGUGACGUAUGCCUUGCAGUUGAUUACAUACUGCAUCACACCUUCUCAAAAGGGAUGUUAGUUCCAGAAAAUUGAAACAUUUUGAUUUGGAAGUUGAGUGCAAGACAAAAUAUUAGGGUGCUUGGAACUGCCUGAUGGAGCUAGUGUCUCUUAACAGUGAGCCAGUGUUCGGGGAAGGCGAUGAAUAUGAAGAUGGAGACUGUUCAAUUGUGGGACACUGUGACAAACCCCAUUCAAUGCAGUUGGAAAAAGAAUUUCUUCUGCCUAUGGUCGGACUGGAGUUUGAGUCUUUUGAUGAAGCAUACGAUUUCUACAAUGUUUAUGCUAAGGGACAAGGAUUUGGGAUUAGAGUUAGUAAUUCAUGGUUCCGGUCAAAAAGAAGAGAGAGGUAUAGAGCAAAACUCAGCUGCAGCAGUGCUGGUUUCAAAAAAAAAAGUGAAGCAAACAAUCCAAGGCCAGAAACAAGAACGGGAUGUCCUGCAAUGGUAAUCAUCAAGCUUGUGGAUGCUCGAAAUUGGAGAAUAGUUGAGGUUGAGCUUGUUCACAACCAUCCAGUGAGCCCAGAAAUUAAGCGUUUCUAUAAAUCUCACAAAAAGAUGAUCGUUGCUGCCAAGAAAGCGCUGCAGUCAGAACCUGUAAGAGAAGUACACACUAUUAAGUUAUACCGGACUACAGUAGUGGAUGCUUUGUGUAAGAUAGAUAAGAGAAAUGAAAGAAACAUCAUUGGUCAUUCAAAGCAUCUAACCCUCAAAGAAGGGGAUGCACUUGCAGCAUAUAACUACUUUUGUCGUAUGAAGCUCACAAAUCCGAACUUUUUUUAUUUGAUGGACCUUGAUGAUGAGGGGCACUUGAAAAAUCUGUUCUGGGCUGAUGCCAGGUCCAGGAUUGCAUAUAAUUACUUCUCUGACACCAUCAUGAUUGAUACAACAAGCUUGACGAACAAGUAUGAGAUACCUUUGAUUUCCUUUGUGGGAAUAAACCACCAUGGACAAUCUGUUCUAUUGGGAUGCGGCAUUCUUGGAGAUGAAUCAGUGGAGUAUUUUGUUUGGAUGUUUAGGACAUGGCUGACUUGUAUGCUGGGACGACAUCCGCAAGUUAUUGUUACUGAUCAGUCCAAACCCUUGCACAUAGCAGUUUCUGAGGUUUUUCCACAGGCUUGUCAUUGUUAUUGUUUGUCUUAUAUAAUGCUUCGUGUUCCUGAGAAACUGGGUGGACUAAAUGGGUUUGAAGUGAUCAAGAGGCGAUUCAAUAAAGCAGUUUUUGAUUCCCUGACAAUAUCUGAGUUUGAAACUUUCUGGGGGGAGAUGACUAGUCAUCACAACCUCAGGGAGAAUAAAUGGCUACAUGUAUUGUAUGAAGAUCGUCAAAGGUGGGCACCGGUAUACCUAAAAGACACUUCUUUCUUCGGUAUGCUCCCAAUCAGUGAGGGGGAGGGCUCUACUGCAUUUUUUGAUGGGUAUGUGCACAAGCACACAUGCUUAAAGGAGUUCCUUGACAAGUAUGAUCUGGCUCUACAAAGAAAAUAUUUGAAAGAAGCAAUGGAAGAUUUUGAAUCCAGGAGUUUAGACUCUGAACUGAAAACAAAAUUGAAUUUUGAGUUGCAGCUGUCGAAGGUUUACACGAAGGAAAUGUUUAAAAAAUGUCAAAUUGAAGUUGAGGGCAUGUAUUCUUGCUUCAACAUAAAGCAAGUAGCUGCGAAUGGCCCAAUACUGACUUUUGUUGUCAAAGAGCGACGGGAAGGUGAAGGAAACGAGAAGGAGGUCAGACAUUAUGAAGUGCUGUACGAGACAACACAGGUUGAAGUGCGCUGCAUUUGUGGUUUUUUCAAUUUCAAAGGCUAUUUGUGCAGGCAUGCAUUAAGUGUCCUUAAUCAUAAUGGUGUAGAAGAAAUACCAUCUCAAUACAUUCUACAUCGUUGGAAUAAAGAUUGCAAGCGUAAGUUUCUCUUAAAUAGUAACAUUAGUGAUGCUGAUGAGGAAAGUUCUUCGCAGUGGCAUGAAAAUCUAUUCAGGCGCUCCCUUCAAGUUGUUGAGGAGGGAGCACAAUCUGAACAACAUUAUGAAGCUAUAAUGCAAGAACUCAACUCUUUGGUGACUGAAGUUAGUCUAAUGGACAAGAUUAUAUGUGACUGAACGUCUAUAUGUUUUGUGUUAUUUCCUAAUCUUACUUGAAUUUAUACUAUUCCCUUGUUGGUUAUUGAUGAAUGUAAAAUGUUUCCAACCUCAAAGUGAAUAUGACAAGUGUUUUGAGAUGUA